UCACAUUUAUUGACACAUCAUUGAUGUCUCGCAGCGUGCUCAUAGGAACACACACUGUCCACAAAGAACUUCCUUGACCGAAAGGGCCAAAAAACCUCUCCUCCCCAACAUAACGGGUCCAUCACUCACACACAUAAAUGAAUCGAGCGUACACACGCAACACGCGCCACAACAAAACAGCAAAACAUUUGGCGUUGGUCCGUCAGUUGUGUGACGAUUUGAGCUCUGGUGGGCAGUCUGGCUGCGAGUGGGGGUGGGCUUUGACGAAGGCCUCGUGGCGAUUGAGCCGCUCGGUGAUGCCGCUGAUGAGAGGGAACUCAGACAUCGGCACGCUGAACCGAUUCGCAUUAUACACCUACAAACGCACCAGCACACACACGCCCCCAGGUGACACACGACAUACGGAGGCUCAUCUACACGUGCAGACAGAGGCUAUCUACCUGUGGGGCGAGGAAGACGUCGGCAAGAGUGAUGCCGUUGCCCACACAGUAGUCGCCACUCGUACUCGCCAGCAGCUUCUCAAUGCCUACACACACAAAGGGCGAGUGGUGGGUGACCACUGGUAUCGGGUGUCUGUCUGUAUGUGUGUGAAUGUCCUACCUCUGAAUCUGUCUGUGAUGACCUCGCGAGACCAGUCGUUGCGGAUCUUCAUGCGCUCAUCAUCUAACACACACACACACAGACACACACACACACAGAGAGAGAGAGAGAGAGAAAAGGGGUCUUGGUUGAGAGGGAAACGCACUAAUGCGCUCACCGGUAAUGGUGGGUUGGUAUUUCUGGCAGAAGUCAGCCACCAUGGCGGACACCCGCAAGUUCUGAAUCGGCUGGAUGUCACACGCGACGAUCUCAGCAAUCUCCCUCACCUGCACAGCACAGACAGAUAAACACUGGUGUGUGUUUGUGUGUCAAUGGACGAUGUGUCUGCUCACCGCGGCUCUCUUGUGCGGAUCGUUUGGCAGCAGCUUGGGCGCCGACGGCCGGGUGUCUUCCAGGUACUCGAUGAUGGCCGUCGACUGACGCAACAUCUGCACACACACACACACACAGGCAGUGCAUCCAUCGUGUGCAGAAAGGAGGCCAUUCCUUCAUGCCCCCUCCCUCUCCCUCCCUCGAUCCACCAUGCACUCACUCACGUGCCCAUCAAUCAUCAGCGAAGGCACCUGAAGCAGACACACACCACACACAGAGAGAGAGGGCGAAUAAAUGAAUUCCUGCAUGUGCCGCUAUCUAUCCACCGUCGUACCAUUGCGGACGGGUUCACAGCCAUGUAGGUGGGGUCUUUCUGCUCGCCCGUGUAGAUGUUGACGAACUUCAUCCUGACAGACACACGCAGGAGGGAGGAGGAGAGUGCCGCAGACAGAGUGAGUGAGUGCAUCGGUCUGUCUUCUCUCUCUGUGCUGUGCUGUUCUGUGCACGGCCACAUGUGCAGCUCACUCGUAAGGGAUCUUUUUGAUGUUGAGGGCGAUUCGCACGCGGUAGGCGCACGACGAGCGGAAAUACGAGUAAAGCACCGUCUCGGACAUCUCUAUAUAUAGAGAUCUCUCUCUGUGAGUGGCUCUCGCUCCUGGCUUCCUGUCUGCAGACUGGCAGAAACAACAUGACCACACGCAGCGGACGAGAAUGAAUGAUGAGUGCCCGUCAGUCAAGGCCAACGUACGUAUGCCGACGCGAUGGCGUACCUUUUGUCAGAAGUGCAAGUCGG